AUGCUGACUAACGUAUCAGACGAGGUUGAUGAGAAAAGAGAUGAAUCCAUCGGCACCGAGAGCAAGAUGAUGUCCCGUCGACAACAGCUCCGGUACACGCUGGAGACGCGGACGUUGGUGGUGGCGCAAAGCAUGCACUGUCCGAUGCGACAGAAACCCGUGACCUGUUCUCGGCAGUGCCGCUGCAAUAUGUCCUCGCGGACGCUUCCGGCCCCCAACCGGGCCGCGACAGGAGGCGGAGCGGCCGUGUCUUCCGGCCACCAUGCGCCGUCGCCGUCUCCAGCUGCAAAUCAAACACUCGCCGCCCGUCAAUUGCCGUCUCGGAUUGGACAGCAGUGCCUACUGCCCCCGGACCGAGGCCAGGGCCCGCGCCCGACCGGCCCGCACUCGAACACGCUCUCAGCGCCAGCGACGAGUGCUCGCCCGAUGCUGCUGCCAAACAAGCAACAGAUGUCUGCUGGUGCUUACAUAGCCUACGCGGCGCCCUUUGCUGGUGCCAGCCAGCAGAGUCGGUCCUGGUAUGAGGCCGUCGUGGGGUAG